AACACAAAUAUUUAAAUGGUUCUAUUUCUCUACUUCUACAGGUCAGCGAUUCUCAGCGAAGUACAAACACAGAGCAGUACCAAACUUCCCUCAAAUAAAUCAGUGCUCGUGCUGGGUGACAAUGCGAGCGGCAAAACGACACUGAUUGCAAAGCUGCAAGGCGUAGAGGAUCCCAAAAAGGGUUCCGGCCUUGAGUAUGCCUACAUAGACGUUCGGGACGAAUACCGAGAUGACGUCACCCGGCUCGGAGUGUGGAUACUGGAUGGCGAUCCCGGGCACACCAACCUGCUCAAGUACGCACUGAACGAAUCCAACUACGCACACACACUGGUUAUUCUGACGCUAUCGAUGACGACACCGUGGAGCUGGGUGGACCAGCUCGAGCACUGGAUCAAGAUGCUGGACGAUCACAUAGCGGGGCUGAAAAUUGAUCCGGAGGAACGACAACAGUGCCGCCAGAGGCUGGUAACGGUGUGGCAGAGCUAUUGCGACACGAUCGACGAACUGGACCCCGGGUCCCCCAUUAAGCGAACCAAUCGUCUCUCGUCGGUGGACGAUGACCUGGACGCGCUUCCCCUGCCCGAAGGUGUACUAACGACCAAUUUGGGCUUAGAUGUAGUAGUUGUUGUAACGAAAACCGACUAUAUGACCACCCUGGAGAAGGAGCUCGACUACCGGGAUGAGCACUUUGACUUCAUGCAGCAGUGGAUCCGUCGGUUCUGUCUGGUGUACGGGGCGUCACUGUUCUACACCAGCGUGAAGGAGGACAAAAACUGCGACCUGCUCUACAAAUACCUAACGCAUCGAAUCUACGGCUUACCGUUCCGUACACCGGCGCUCAUCGUCGAGAAGGAUGCCGUUCUAAUACCCGCUGGCUGGGACAAUAUGAAGAAAAUCAACAUAUUGUACGAAAACAUGCAAUCGUGUAAACCGGAUGAUUACUACAAUGAUAUUAUUGCACAACCGCCUUCAAGAAAGACUGUGUCCAAUCGCGAGAUUGAAGUUCAGACCGAGGAGGAGCAGGCAUUCCUCAGCCGGCAGUUGCAGCUGUUGCAGCAGGGCCAGACGCCGACGCGCGGCGAGUCGCCGAUGCGGUCGCAGAACAGUGCGGGCAAAACGUCCCCGCGGACACCCGGGUCGGCCGGUGCGCAAGGAUCUCCGAAAAAGGUCGACGGCAAGCUCAACCCAGGCACCCCCAGCGGCGAGGGCGUCCUGGCGAACUUCUUCAACUCGUUGCUGCAUAAAAAGUCCGGCUCGCCGGCGGCCGCGCCCAGUUUAGCGGGGGGUACCGGCGUAUCGCCGCGGGCGACCAACGGGGCCGGCGACGCACUAGUGACGGCCAGCGAGAAAAUUUCCAUGCGAACUGACGCUGCCAUGGAGUUGGACCGUUUGACGCGUAGCGUCAAGAAGGACCUCGACUUUCCAGCACAGACCGAUUGUUAAAUAGUGUAGAGUAAUGAGAAGGAAGAGGAAAAAACUGUGGCUACGAUAACGAACCACACCCACAUACAUGGCGGGCACACAUACAACACAGAGACAUGUUCACCCACCCCAAGCGGUGAUAUAACUCCUUCGAUCAGGGGGACGGGGAAAAUCUGUGCAGCGUCAUGCGUGAUACUUCGGCUUUGAUUGGCUUAAAAUAUCGCAGAAGAGUAGUGAGAUGUGGGAUGGGGUUACAGCAUGCAAGGAACGGGACGGGCAACGGAAUGGAACCAGGAUUGAAAUGUAACCAGGAAUGGAUGAAGGAGGAUGAGGAUGAUGAAUGGUAAGGUAUUGGUGAGACCAAGCUGGAGUGCGUGUCGAUUCUAUACUACUCUUUUUUGGGAUGGGCAAAAGCAACAUGUGUGUGUGAGUUUUGUGGCGAAAUUGCUUAUCGAAAACCACUUUUUAGUAGGUAAGAUAGAGCGAGAUUAAGUUGAUAGAGAAAGUUUAAUAAAACCAGCUGAAAAGAUAUAAUUGGAUGAAUGCGUCUCUUUCUGCUCCCGCGCUUUUUCUGAGUCGCUUCAGCUAUACAAGGUCAUACAUGGUCGGAGGCACAGACUUGGUCGGCUCUGGUAUAUUUCAGGAAAAAAAAAUAGCAAAUAGUUUUUGCCGAAUUUCCGUAGGAAAAAUGUUCUAAGAUCUAAGAGAGAUUGCUAGUAUCUCACAGAAACAUAAUGGGAAAACUCUCCAAGGCGUUUACCUAACUCCCGGCAGUUUAAAUUUUAGUAAAAGUUUUCCAAAAUGGAUUACAUUUGGACAUUUGAAAAUAUCUUUAUGGAAACUCGUCUCUACCCAAGUAAUACACUUGUCACAGAAGAGCCACGACAUCCCUUGGGAUUCUUUCAACGAUUCUGUAGAAAUACCACCAGGAAAUAGAUCCAGAUAUAUCCAUAGAAAUCUUACCAGAGAUGUCUGAAGGAUUUGUCCAAGAAACACUCAAUGCAAUACGACAGAAUAGUGUUCGUUCAUGGAUAGAGUUCUGCAAGAAUAUCUCUAUGAAUUCGUUUAAGAAUUUUUGAUGUAAUUCUACAUUUGGAACCUAUUCAUAAAUAGAAAAUAUUCCUUCAAAUAAUUAUCCUUUUUUUUCAUAAAAACUCCUUAUUAAUUCUUCUAAAGAUUCAUUUUUGAAGGUUUCCUCAAGAUUGCGCCUGGAAACUUGUUCUGAAACUCUUUAAGAGACUGUGUCAGGAAGUGUCAGGAAUGUCUCCAGAGAUUUCUGCUGGUAUCAGUCCUGUGAAAUGUCAACAUUUUCGGAAACGCUAUUUAUUCACGACUCCUUUCUAAAAGUAAUCUAUUACGAUUCAGUUUCACUAACCUAACAGUAAUUCAAAAAUAGUUUCCGAAAUACAUAUUCACGCAUGACUAUUUUCGCUUGGGGUUGUGAUAUUCAAAUGUCAAAGUCACGUGAAAUUUGUGAUAACUAACAGCACUGACUGACAUUCGUACAGCAGUCUUUCCUAGAGAUUUUUUUCGCGAAGAUUGCUCAAGAAAUUUCUGCGCUGUUGUUUUCUGGAGUUCCACCCCUGUAAUAAUUUCAUGUUUUAAUCCAUAGCGCGAAUCGAUCUUUUAUCAUAGCCGAUCAAGUGUAUUUGCAGAACUCAUCAUCAUAGUAGAUUUAUACCAUGUAGCGUCGAUCCGCGGACUGCAGAAAGAGUCAUAAGUACCCAUGAGAAAGAAUGCGUAACGCAAGUGAGAUAGAGAGAUAGAGUAAUACCCUACUAUUAAUUAAAGAUAAAAGAAAAAAAAACUAACUUAUAUCGAAUUGAUGAUAAUUUGCAGCUUAGAGAUGGUUAAAUAAUUAAAACAUAACUUAUAGAACAAAAAAAAACAUUUACCCAUUAUAAUUCCUCAUUGAACAAAAUCAAAAAAAAAGAACAGAAGAAAGAUAAUGCAAAUCAAGCUAACCGCAAAAAGAGCGUCUUUCCUAAUUUUGUCCAUUUGUUGUGUUAUCGAAAUACGUUGCAAUCCAGAAAUGGACAGAAUCUUUUUUGUAAUAAUCCGUUUCACACUUUUAUGCUUUUUAAGUUUUGAGUUCCUUAUUUUUCGUCCCGAAACUGAAAUCGUACUGUAAACCAACAUCCUGUUUUUAUGAAACAAGCUGUUUUCCACGCGUGUCCCAGUAUCGGUUUUAAAUAGGAAGUAGGAAAAGUGUAGUUGGGAGAAACCGAUAAUGUGCAGUAUUCAUAAAUGUUACUCCGAAGAGCAUCGUGUGAAGAAUCCGCCUCUUUUGCACUGUCCAUUAUUGUUUAACAGCUGAUUGCCGGCUUGGUUUUGUUGUAAAAAUUUCCAAUUAGCUGAAAGAUGAAGUUUCGUUAGUUCGUAUGUUAGUUUAGAGCAAAGAGUGAUUUUUAUCGAUUUUUUGUUGACCGCAAAAAAUGUGUUUAUAGAAGAUUUGUGCGUUUCUGGAGCCGAGCAAGCGAUCAUACCAAUUGUUCUUAUUUAUGCAAAUUUAUAACUUAGAGGAAUACAACAUUAUAUCGCGACGCCGGUCUAGAGCGUAGCUGCCAACCGAUAUCGAACGGGGAACGCUGCUACCUAAUACCUAACUCACAACAGACGCAGCACAUGGAACACAACGGUUUUCCUGAUAGGAAAAUCUAAUAUAUCUGUAGCAAACACAUACUAACCUAAUACUGACAUUCUCAAGUGCAUCGAGAACAGCGCCGCAGGAAGAGAGGGAACCAAUUUGGUCUUAUACUGUGAAGAAUAAAAUCAAGACACUGCUAGGGUAGUGUAAAAUGAAUUAUUGCAAAAAAGGGAA